AUGAGCUCUUUGUCCAACACACGAGUGCCUCUGGUGGAGGCCGAGGCAGUGUCUAUGGCGGACAAGAAAGAGAAUGAGUUUGGGGAGCUGACAUCCGAGGCUUAUCUGUAUGCGCCAAGGUCCCGCAAGGGCGCGGCGCUGCGCGAGCCCGUGCUGGACGCGCCGCCGUACUACAUAUCGGUGAUCACGUACUUGAACUACUUGAUUCUGAUUAUCCUGGGGCAUGUGCACGACUUCUUCGGGUUGAUGUUCCAGAAGGAAAAGCACCGAGACAUCAUGGAGCGCGAUGGCUUGGCGCCGUGGUUCUCGAAGUUCGAGUCCUUCUUCGUGCGGCGGAUGAAGCAGCGCAUUGACGACUGCUUUUCGCGGCCGACAACCGGGGUGCCGGGGCGCUUCAUCCGCUGUAUUGACCGUAUCGCGCACUCGCUCAAUGAGUACUUCACAUUCCCGGGCACGACGUCGAUGUGCUUGAAUCUGUCAUCGUACAACUACCUUGGAUUUGCGCAGUCGGAAGGUCUGUGCACGGAUGCCGCGGUAGAUUCUGUGCACCGGUACGGCAUUAACACACAUGGCAGUCGGAUGCAAAGCGGUACGACUGAUCUGCACGUGGAGGCGGAACGCUAUGUGGCGAACUUCCUGGGCAUGGAAGAUGCGAUGAUUUUCUCGAUGGGUUACGGCACGAACGCAAACCUGUUUAACUCGUUCUUGGACAAUAAAUGCUUGGUGAUCUCCGACGAGCUAAACCACACGUCUAUCCGAACCGGCGUUCGUCUCUCGGAUGCAGCCGUGCGGACCUUCAAGCACAAUGAUAUGGAAGCGCUUGAAAAGCUCAUUCGCGAGCAGAUCAUACAGGGACAGCCCAAGACGCAUCGCCCGUGGAAAAAGAUUCUAAUCUGCGUGGAGGGGUUGUAUUCGAUGGAAGGUACCAUGUGCAACCUACCCAAGCUGAUCGAACUCAAAAAGAAGUACAAGUGCUACCUGUACGUUGACGAAGCCCACUCCAUUGGAGCAAUGGGUCCCCACGGCCGCGGUGUUUGUGACUACUUUGGCGUUGACCCAACAGAGGUAGAUAUUUUGAUGGGCACGCUUACAAAGUCUUUUGGCGCUGCCGGUGGCUACGUUGCUGCUCAAAAGUGGAUCAUAGACCGUCUUCGUCUGGACCUCACGACCUCCAACUAUGGCGAACCGAGCCCUGCACCUGUGCUUGCUCAGAUCAUCAGCUCUAUGCGCAUUAUCAUCGGCGAACUCAACCCCGGUGAGGGCUUGGAGCGUCUACAGAGAAUUGCCUUCAACUCCCGGUACCUGAGAUUGGCUCUUCAACGGCUUGGCUUUAUCGUGUAUGGAAUUGCGGACUCCCCGGUUAUCCCUAUGUUGCUCUACGCUCCUUCAAAGAUGCCUGCGUUCUCGCGCAUGAUGCUCCAGCGUAAGAUAGCUGUUGUUGUCGUGGCGUAUCCUGCCACCCCACUGAUCGAGUCCCGUGUCCGUUUCUGCGUGUCUGCAGCACUGACAAAGGAGGACAUUGACUACCUUUUACGUCACGUCGACGAGGUUGGAGACAAACUGUUCCUCAAGGUUAGCUCCGGCCGUGCUGGCGGCAGUUCCGAUGGCAAACCACCAAGGUGGGAUAUUGAAGAAGUACUCCGCAGGACGCCUGAAGAUUGCAAAGAUGACAAAUAUUUUCUAAUAUGA